GUCAUGGCGUUUAGUGUCCUUGAAAAUAAAUGCGGAGAAGGCAACGUGUAGGUUUUCACGGUAGCUGAUGUCCGGAGCCGGCGUGUCCAGACGCAGACACGUAGUUCCAGAAAAAAUGAAAAUACAAAAGAAAGACAAGCAGACGUCUGCCACCCACAUACUAAAGCACACUCCAUCCGCUGCUGCCUCAAAUGCAUCUGACAAAAACGCACAAACAACAUUUCCCAUCGGCCACUUGGGCAAAGAUCAGUUGCGAAUCAUUGGAGGGCCGCCCAAUCACUGCAUGACUCACGCAAAGCACUCUACAGCCAGCAGCCAGAGUCUCCGCCCAUCAUCCUCACCAAUCAGCAGCGAGGAGGACGAUGGAGGGGGUGGGGCCAGAGUGAAGAAGAAACGGAGGAAAAAAGACAACAAAGAGUUUGAGUGGCAAAAAGGAGAGAGCGACGUUAAACCAAAGAGAAAGGAGCAAAAGGAGGGGAAGGGGAUUCUUCCAAGGACAUCAAAAGCAGCGAAGGAGCAAAAGGAUCACAAGAAGAGGGAGGUGAAAGCACAAAAAGAGGUCAAAAAGGUCAAGAAAGGUCAAGAGGGGAAAGUAAAAACACAGGCCAAGAAUGCUGCAACACAUCCACCCUCUAAGAGAGGGAGGAAGCCAAAAGAGCAGGGUGCCAUUCCUCCAGAGAAGAAGAAGAAAGGAAAGAGGAAAAGUGAUGCUCUACUGGAGCCAGUGGAGAGCGAUGACACAGCCUCUCUCAGCACGCUCGCCACUGGAGGGGAGGAAAGCACUGAUGCCAUGGACAACACCAAGAGGCGUUCAGGGCGUCAGGUGAAGAGGCGGAAGUAUAAUGAAGAUCUUGAUUUCAAGGUCGUGGAUGAUGAUGGGGAGACAAUCGCUGUUUUGGGUUCAGGCCGAAUUCCUGCUCUAUCUUCCACUACCCUCGCCUGGCAGGCUGAGGAACCCCCUGAAGAUGAAGCUAACAUCAUUGAGAAAAUACUCUCUGUACGAACGGUCAAGAAAGAGACAUCUCCCGAUGAAGCACCAGAAGAGUUGGAGGAGUUUUAUGUCAAGUACAGAAAUUUCUCCUAUCUGCACUGUAAAUGGGCAACCUUGGAGGAACUGGAGAAAGACCCACGCAUUCACCAAAAAAUCAAACGCUUCAGAAACAAGCAUGCACAAAUGAAGCACAUUUUCACUGAGCCGGAUGAAGACCUCUUUAAUCCGGACUACAUCGAGGUUGAUCGAGUUUUAGAGAUCGCCAUCACUACAGAUACAGAAACAGGAGAGGAAGUUACACACUACCUGGUGAAAUGGUGCUCCUUGUCAUACGAGGAGAGCACUUGGGAGCUACAAGAAGAUGUUGACCCUGUGAAAAUCGUAGAGUUUGAAGACCUCAAGAGAAUUCCAGAAAUCAAGCAUGUGGAGAGGCCUCUACCAGAACAGUGGCAGAAACUGGAGAAAACCAGAGAAUAUAGAAUUGGGAACCAGCUUCGAGAAUACCAGUUGGAAGGAAUGAAUUGGCUACUUUUCAACUGGUACAACAGGAAGAACUGUAUUCUGGCUGAUGAAAUGGGCCUGGGGAAGACCAUCCAGUCCAUCACGUUCCUGUAUGAGAUUUUCUUCAUGGGUUUUAGAGGACCCUUCCUCAUCAUUGCCCCUCUCUCUACCAUCACUAACUGGGAGAGAGAGUUUCGCACCUGGACAGAAAUGAACGUCAUCGUUUAUCACGGCAGUCAGAUCAGCCGGCAGAUGAUCCAGCAGUAUGAGAUGCACCACCGAGAUGAACAGGGAAAUAUAGUGCUUGGCCAGUUUAAGUUUCAUGGAGUGAUCACUACAUUUGAAAUGAUAAUGGCAGACUGUCCCGAACUGAAGAAGAUUAACUGGCGCUGUGUGGUGAUCGAUGAGGCUCAUCGCCUUAAAAACCGCAACUGUAAACUGCUGGAGGGGCUCAAACUCAUGAACCUGGAACACAAAGUUCUUCUGACAGGAACCCCUCUGCAGAACUCAGUUGAGGAGCUUUUCAGUCUGCUGAACUUCCUCGAACCCUUACAGUUCCCUUCUGAGACUACUUUUCUGGAGGAGUUUGGAGACCUGAAAACUGAGGAGCAGGUUAAGAAGCUGCAGGCCAUUCUGAAGCCUAUGAUGUUGAGAAGAUUAAAGGAUGAUGUGGAAAAGAAUCUGGCCCCCAAAGAAGAGACAAUCAUCGAGGUGGAGCUCACUAACAUUCAGAAGAAGUACUACCGAGCCAUUCUGGAAAAGAACUUCGCAUUCCUUGCUAAAGGAGCAAACCAGCACAACAUGCCCAACCUCAUCAACACAAUGAUGGAGCUUCGCAAGUGUUGCAAUCACCCAUACCUCAUCACAGGUGCUGAAGAAAAGAUUCUUGAGAGCUUCAGGAAAACCUACAGUCCAGAUGCAGUAGAUUUUCAACUCCAGGCCAUGAUCCAGGCUGCCGGUAAACUAGUACUUAUCGACAAACUACUGCCCAAACUCUUGUCCGGGGGACAUAAGGUGCUGGUGUUUUCACAGAUGGUCCGAUGUCUGGAUAUACUGGAGGACUACCUCAUUCAGAGGAGGUAUACGUACGAGCGCAUUGAUGGGAGAGUUCGAGGGAAUCUACGGCAGGCGGCCAUCGAUCGCUUCAGUAAGGUGGAUUCUGACCGUUUUGUAUUCCUCCUCUGCACACGAGCAGGAGGGCUGGGCAUCAACCUCACUGCCGCUGACACCUGUAUCAUAUUCGACUCUGACUGGAACCCGCAGAAUGACUUGCAGGCUCAAGCUCGCUGCCACCGGAUCGGUCAAAGCAAAGCGGUAAAAGUGUAUCGCCUUAUUACGAGGAACUCGUACGAGAGGGAGAUGUUUGAUAAGGCCAGUCUGAAACUGGGAUUGGAUAAGGCUGUUCUACAGGACAUCAACCGUAAGGGCAGUCUCAAUGGGGUUCAGCAGCUGUCUAAGAUGGAGGUGGAAGAUCUCCUCCGGAAGGGAGCGUAUGGAGCGCUGAUGGACGAGGAAGACGAGGGCUCUAAAUUUUGCGAGGAAGACAUUGAUCAGAUCCUGCAGCGACGCACACAGACCAUCACAAUCCAGUCUGAGGGGAAAGGAUCAACGUUUGCCAAGGCUAGCUUUGUGUCUUCAGGGAACCGUACAGACAUUUCUCUGGAUGAUCCAAACUUCUGGCAGAAGUGGGCCAAAAUUGCUGAGCUGGAAAUUGACUCCAAGGCAGAAAAGGAGAGUCUGGUGAUUGACACGCCUCGUGUACGGAAGCAGACGCGCCACUAUAACUCUUUUGAGGAUGAUGAGCUGAUGGAGUUCUCUGAACUGGACAGCGACUCAGAGGAACGACCCUGUCGCACAAGACGCCUCAGCGAUCGCAACAGACGCUACCUCCGAGCAGAGUGCUUCAGAGUGGAGAAGAACCUGCUCAUUUUUGGGUGGGGGCGAUGGAAGGAGAUUCUCAAUCAUGGCCGUUUUAAAUGGCACCUGACAGAGAGAGAUAUGGAGGUGUUGUGCAGAGCUCUGCUGGUCUACUGCGUUCGGCAUUACAAAGGAGACGACAAAAUCAAGAGCUUCAUAUGGGACCUCAUCACACCCACUAAAGACGGACACAACCAAGCACUGCAAAACCACUCAGGUCUGUCUGCUCCUGUUCCGCGGGGUCGUAAAGGCAAGAAGCUGAAGAACCAGUUGAGUCCACCUGAGCUAAAUAAUGCUGACUGGCUGGUCCACUGUAACCCAGAGGUGGUACUGCAGGACGACAGCUACAAGAAACACCUCAAACAACACUGCAACAAGGUGCUGCUGAGGGUACGGAUGCUCUACUAUCUGAAGGUUGAAGUUCUGGGUGAAGCUGCAACUCAGGCUCUUGAAGGAAUCCCUGCCAGUAAACUGGAGGUAACACUGCCUGAUAUCGAUUACAUUGAGAUCCCAACUAUCUGGUGGGAUGCUGAGGCGGAUAAAUCGCUGCUUAUUGGAGUCCACAAACAUGGGUAUGAGCGGUAUAAUGCCAUGCGUGCAGACCCUGCUCUUUGUUUCCUGGAGCGGGUUGGUAUGCCUGAUGUCACCGCACUGACAGUAGAACAAGGAGGAGUAGAAGCAAUUUCUGAUGCACCUGACAGUGUCAACAAAAGUGAUGAAAUAAAAGACGAGGCCGACAUGAAGUCUGAAGAUUCAGAAGAGAAAGGAGAGAUCAAGGAGGAACUCAUGUCAGAGGAAACAGGGAAGAAUGACAAUACGGUGACAGGGUGCAUUGUGGCAUCUCUCGCAGGAGAUCUUAUUGCAGAAGUGACAGAGCAAGGGCGGGUACAGUGGCCGGCAGGCUCGGCUCUUACGGCCCGAUUACGACGACUCAUCACCGCCUAUCAGCGUUACACUCGCCGUGAACCUCUUCGUCAUGAUUUCCUCUUGCACGAGGGAAUUGCGCCUGUGGCCUGGCAAAUUGGAGACUUUAGGCACUGCACAACUGAGCCCGACCCACUCUUUCUGGAGUGGCAACGAAGGUGGACACGACGUGAGCAGGCUGACUUCUAUCGUACCGUGUCCUCGUUUGGUGUAGUGUAUGACCCAGAGAAGAAAACUUUCGACUGGUGCCAGUUCCGGGCCCUUGCUCGUUUGGAGAGGAAAACAGACGAAAGUUUGGAGAGAUACUUCUAUAGCUUCGUUUCUAUGUGUCGCACUGCCUGUAGACUGCCGCCCAGAAAAGAUGAAGGUCUUGUUGACCCUGCAUUGAUAGUGGAGCCCAUUACAGAAGAGCGAGCUGCCAGAACAUUAUACCGUAUUGAGCUUUUGAGAAAGGUCCGUGAGCAGGUAUUGCGUCACCCACUUCUGGGGGCACGGCUGCAGCUCUGUCGCCCUAGUCUUUACUUGCCCGUAUGGUGGGAGUGUGGUAAACAUGAUCGUGAUCUUCUUAUUGGCGUUGCAAAGCAUGGCUUGAGCCGAACAGACUUCUACAUCCUCAAUGACCCUCAGCUCUCCUUCUUGGAGGCCCACCAGAACUAUGUUCACAAAGAAAACCACAGAUAUCCAGGUUUGCCACAUCCCCCAUGCUGCUUGUAUGAUGCCAACCUUGGGCAUUGUCACUCCCCACAACCUCCUGAGUACCAACCGACACCCUCACACCAUACACAAACACUCAUUCAUACUCCUGGGCAUCACCAGUCGGAGUCUGGAAGCAUUAGAACCAGGGAUGGGUUUUUGGAUUGUCCUUCAUUAGAUGAUUCUCUGGAGUUAGGGUCUUUACAACAUGACAGCUUGACUUCAGACCCACUACAUAGCAAGUCUGGUAAAGAGGUCUUUAAUGGAUUCCCGUUCAAUUCUGCAACUGGUGGCCAGAAUAUGCUAAACUCAUAUGGCGUGCAAGGAGAUCUAAAUGGAACUCAAGGAGACAUGGCGGACUCCAUUGCUGGGAAGCUUCGUAGCGAUGUUCUAGUAGGAGAGCAAGGUUCCUCCGAGGAGACUGGCUUAAUGGCUCCUUCUGUAGAGCUGGAUGAACUUCAGACUCCAUGGGAGAGCUCAGACCAUGCUGAAACAUCUGACAUGUUCAACGAGGCCGAUCCCAUUCUGGGAGCACAAGCAUUGGAAACAGAAUUUCUGGAUGCUCCUCAACCAGAAGAUGGAAGAGAUGGUGAGGAACCACUCACAGACUGUUUGAGCAUGCCCAGUUCAGACUCCCAAAGCAACCCUGUCGAGCCGCUUGCACCUAGCUUCAUGUUGUUCAAAGAUCUUAAUGUCAACGAGACUUCUGUUGAUCAGACAGAUCUGUCUGCUGGCCUUCCAGAAUAUAUUCCACCACCACCCCUUGGUCUCCCGGAUGCAGACCCCAUUAGUGAGGACCAAGACGACAAGCUUAGUGAUUCCAACAUCACACACUGCGUUCCCAGUCCAGAAGAUGGAGCUGAGAUUUUAGGGUUCCAUUUUGAGAAAGAAGAACUUUCUCCAGAUGAUGGUCUUGCAGGGGCUGGUCCUCAAACGAAGGACACUCAUGAUGGGAUAAACCAGAUGCCUUCAAUGGAGUCUCCUAGGGAGAGCUGUCUUGAGGAAUCCCAGACAAUGGUAUGCAAGGUGCCAUUUGAGGAAUCAAUUGAAGACCACUUCAAAGAUCCCUGUGAAAUGCCUUCGGAAGAAUCUUACAAAAAGCGUGAAAAAGUGCCUUUGGAGGAGCCUUAUGAUUUGACCUGUGAUGAGACCCUGCAGGAACCUUGCGAAGGAUACCAGCAAAACUCAACGGAGCAACAAUUAUUGGAGGAACUCCCUGAAGAACCCUGCAAAGAACCAUCAGAGCCUAUAGAUGAAACUACUCUCUUAACAAAUUACCCUUUGCCCUCUUCACUCCCAACUUCACCCUCUGUUCCCACUACAUUACCCGACACGUCUGUAUCUCCAGGCCUCGAUGCGGUCCCCAAUAUCAAACAAGAGUUCCUCAUGGAUCCAGUGUUGUCAGAUGUGAAGCCUGAGCCAGAUAGCACUACACAAACUCCUCACCUUGAGCAGACUGAGGUUCUAGAAGUGAAGGACAAGAUAAAGGAUGAGGAUGCAAAAGCACCAGCAUUAUUGGGAGAUGUUGAAGCACCACGUUUCGCGCUGCCCAUGUGUGAGAUGGCAGACAGUGUUCAAGAAUUAAGGGAGCCAACCAUUGCUCAGCUUCUACAGGAGAAAGCCCUUUUCUCCUUCUCUGAGUGGCCUAAGGACAGAGUGAUCAUCAACCGUAUUGACAGCGUCUGCCACACUAUCUUAAAGGGGAAGUGGCCUUCUUCUAGUCAGCAGUAUGAGUCUCCAAGCUCAUUGGCUAACACCUGUGUUCCCAGCAGUGCCCAUCAGAGGGCAGGAUUUCUGGCCACCAGAAUCCCUCCAUCUCAGAGCCUUAACUUCAACCUGCCACACACUGUACCCCACGUACCCAAAGAGCGGUUAGUGAACCCUACUUUCCUCCCUGAACUGAAACGGCCUAGACGUAGCUUUGAAUUCGAGGUAGACGUCCUCGCCAAACCAAGCCAUCUUGGAGAAAAGAUCCAAGGUGGCGUGCCUCAUCAUGCUAAUGCGCUACUCCUUAACGGGUGGCAAGAGGCAGCCAUGGACCUAUCCAAACCAACAGAGCUCACAGUUGGUGGAGAAAGUGGGCCAAUCGGUCACAUGAGCCACACCGUUCAGUCAGCCCCUCACAAAAUCACUGGGAUAGGCACCAUACAGGGCUCGCUUGGCUUGGAUAUGGCUGGCAUUUUGCAGGCUGGCCUGAUUCACCCUGUCACAGGGCAGAUUGUCAAUGGCAGUCUCCGGCGUGAUGAUUCAAUGUUGAGACGGAGGAGGGGACGAAGAAGAAACGUGGAGAAUCCUGACCUGAGCUUUAUGAAAGGACGAGGCAUGAACUUACCAGAACAACAGAGCGGAUCAGAGAGUAUCAGCCACCCUGUUGUGUCCUCUACAUCCUCUCAGUCAGAGUGCUCUCCAGCAACCCCAGCUGCACUUCCUCCACAUCCUCCAGCACCUCCUGCAGACUCAGAGACCCUUAAUGUCAGCAUGGACAGGGAAGCGGCCAAUAAAGGCCUAAUGGAAUGGCUCAGACAAAACCCUAACUAUAACAUGGAGCUUUCAGCUUUUCCAACGUCUCCGACCGCAAGCAUGUUGCACAAUUUCUUGGAUCGACCAAAGCAGAGAAGGCAUCGCUGCAAAGACCCCACCAAGAUCGACAUCAACUCCCUGACUGGAGAAGAGAGAGUCCCAGUUGUACACAGAAGCACCGGCCGCAGGCUUGGAGGCGCUAUGGCUCCAGCCAUUAAAGAACUCUCCCGAUGGCUGGAUGCAAACUCAGAGUACUCUGUGGCUCCUGAUUGGUCGGAUGUGGUGAAGCACUCGGGCUUUCUCCCAGAGGGCAAAUUUACCCGCAUCCUCACUGGACCCGUGUCUCGGGAUCCCGGUCCACGUAGAAGAGGAAGGCGACCCCGCAGUGAGAUGCCCAAAACCCCUGAGCUCGCUGCUGCUAUGGGUCCACUUUUCAUGAAUGGUGGGCUCAUUGGCAGCAUGGAUCUGAUUAGUUUACCCAAUCUCCGCAAUGUCCCUGGCAUCCCGUUAACCGGGAUCAUGGGCUUCCCACACGGUUUUGCCACUGCUGUACCGGCGGGAGAGGAAGCCAAGAACGGACUUGGAAUGCUGCCAAUGAUGCUCCACGGCAUGGCAGCCGUGCAGUCGCCUAUAUACAGCACUCACAUGAGCGGUAUGAUGAGUCAGCCUCUAUCCACAGCAACGUCUACGACAUCCACUGCGACUGCAUCCUCCAACUCGGCAAGCUUAACUUCUACGAACUCUGCAACCGUAACCUCAACCUCAAGCCCAGCGGACAGUUUUGAUGCCACACCUCAGCGGGACAACGCAAGCCCUCUGGUGAGUAUGGAAAACGGGAGCAAAGAGGAGACAAAGCAAGGAGGGGAAGAGAGGAAAAUUAUGUCCUGCUCAGUCACUACUGCAACGGUCAAUAGUGGGAGUAGUAGCAUCACGAGCACUGGAAGCCAUUUGACCUUUAACCCCUUUCUGAUCCCGGGAAUGUCACAUAGUCUGCUGUACCCGCAUAUGUUCUUACCACCCGGCAGUAUAAUGGCACUGCCAGCUAUGCCCACGGCAGACAGCACAGGAAGCCCCAAGAAGAAGAGGAAGAAGGUUCGGGAGGAAGGACUGGUGGAAGGAAGUGGGAAUACCUCCGAGCAAGUGGACAGCGUGGAAGUGAAGGCGGUAAAAGACGAACAAAAGACGCCUGAAAUAAAAAGUGAAGAGGGCAUAUUUGUAGAAGAUCGACCUGAUGUAGAAUUAUAUCAGGUCAAAUUUCAUGAUUCUUCUGACCCUAAAAAAGAUCCCUCUGAGGAAACGAGAACUGAGAAUAAUGAAAUGGAGGAAAAGAGGGAGAAAGGAGAGGAAACUGAGCAAAACAGUAAAGGCUCAUGUGAUGGUGGAGAAUAGAAUGUGUCCUCACUUUUGGGCAACAGUGCUUUUGUGUGUCAUGUCUGUAAACAUUUGUGUAUAGAACUAUGAUUAUCAACUUAUUGUUCAUAGGUCUGUCCAGUCAAACUUUUAAUUUCACAAACCUUCUGGGUGUAUGUUAAAAAUUUGACACUAAAAGCAUUUAAAAGGUCUCAAUUCUACAAAGGGACGACAUCAUGUGUGGUGUUAGAAUGGUCCUUUUGCAUCAUGUGAAUGGAAACUCCAAUGAUUCUCUCAGUUGAUGGAGAAUGUUCUUUGUUUUCAAUGCUUGAGAAAGAGGUUGCAACCCCAGCGCUUUUAAUCAGAUUCCCAGAUUCUCCGAAAGCAGUUAAAUGUUGAUAUCGUGAAAAAUGGAGGCCAGUCUCACUUUUAAAUGUUGUUUGUAUGAUCACAGUCAUUGGUAAAUAAGACCUAGAUUAGUGUUUUGAAACAUUUCUCAAAAUAAUGUAAAGGAAAAACACUUCCCAUUGGUAGAUUACCAGCAGAACUGGUAAUUUUUGGAUGGACCACAGUAUUCUGUUCUUAGUUUAUUGCUGCUAUGUAUUCAUUCUAGUGACUAUAGAAGCAAAAGAUUUUAAUGUGAAUCUUUACAAAGCUAUAGAUGGCUUGUGUGCAACAUGGUGAGUGCAAUGGAAACUCCGAAAGCAAGGCUUCAAAUUGAUAGCAAAGAACAAUCCUGAGAUUGAUAUAUUUUGUUUUGUUAAUUUUUUUUAUUUAUUAAUUCUGUGGUUUCCUUAGUAACCUUAUUAAAAUGCUCCAAUGUUGAUUUUACUUAUCAUUUAUAAAGAUGGUUAUAUACAAAGGAGUGCUUAACGUCCAAGGGCAAAGUGUUAGUGCCAUAGAUGGGACUCUGUUCUAGAGUAAAAAGGCGUAAAGGUUCAAAGAUGAUACAUAGGGGAUCGUAACUAAAACGUGAGAACUGUUCCUAAAGUGCAUUUUAGUGAAUUUAAGUUAUUUUUUACCCAAAAUUGAAAAUGCUGUCAUUGUUUACUCACCUUCAUGUCAUUUUAAACUUGUAUGACUUUCUUUGUUAUUGAACACAAAAAGAAAUAUUUCUACUUUUUCAUUGCAAAUGGAUAUUCAAACAAUUUCUUAUUUUAUGUUUUGCAUGUAUAUUAAAGUAAAAACUAGUUUUGAAAGAAAUGAAGUUGAGUAAUUGUUGAUAGAAUUUUCUUUUUUUGUUAAACUAUUUUUAAAGACAAAUAAAUUAUUUACAGAUCCCCUUUUUUCUGUUCACUAAAGGGUUGAUGGGGCAACAGGAAGUCAGACUGUCUUUUUCUCGUUGAGUUUCACAGCUCUCAUUUUCUCUGGUAUAUUUGAAAAUACUGUAGACUAAAAACUACCCAGACUUUUGAAAACAUGUAAAUCUAUUUCGCUGUAUAUUGCUGAUACUUUUGUUUACAAGCACAUGUUAUUUUAUUUUUUCUUACCAGUAUGUUGCUGCAUAUUGGGGGGAAAACUUCAAAACAAAAAUCAGUUUCUUUUAAUUGAAAAAGAACUAAGUAGAGGGAACUUUACACUAGAAGAAAACAGAUAAUUUAACUAAUUUUCUCCCCCGAACUCAACAGGGUCACUCUUUUGCGGGAGCAGUUCAUUUCCCGACGUCUCAUCUUAUUCACUUUUUUGUGUUUUCUGAUGUGAAAACAUUUUUGCACAGUCCUUUUGGUGAAUGUUUACCUGUAAGUGUGUUUUGUCAGUUUGUUUUUGUGCGUUUGUGUGGACGCAUGCGCACGCUCGCACAUGUCACUUCCUGUACAUUUUGACCUAUGUAAGCCUGUACUGUAUAUUUCUUGUCUAAAAUAAUGGUCACCUUCAAAAUCAUGCUGUUGUUGCCUUGUCACUACUUGUGACACCAUAAUGUAAUUUAUUAUACAAUUUCAUUUUCUUUCUACUUUGCCAAAUUCACCAAAUACAACUUUUCCCCUCUUACACAUUGAUUAUUAUUGUGUUAAAUUUGCAAUGCCUUAUUUAGCAUUUUAUAUGGAUGUUUGUUACAUCUUUAUGUUGGAAUAUAUAUAUCAGAGUACUUGUGUACAGUGUCAGCAUUUUGGGAAGCAGUCUCGGUCACACUAGUUUCAAAGCAGUCGCUCUAGUUGUACAGAUAUUGGCCUCUAUGAAGUGACAUCUUGUGCAUUUUGGGGUAAAACUUGUCAGGAUUACAUUGAUGGUGAAGUUCAAAUUAUAUAACAUGGUAUAUUCUCUGUAGUGCUGUCAAUUCAUUCAAUACAGUAUUGCGAAGCACAGUCUAUUGCAGAAAUGUGUCAUCACCUCUGGUCUUUCUCUAUUGUCCCUAUGCAGUUUUUCCAGUUAUGUCUGGUCAACAAAAAUGUAAAUGUCCUUUUGACAUUUCGAAAAGCUCAUAACUCCAUUAAAGGCCUUCAAUACUUUAGCCAGUAUAUGUAAAACUGGAGCGGUCAUAAUCUUAGACUGAGAAUGCUAUUUUGCUGAUUGUAAUUGUAUUGGUUUUAUAAAAUGUACAAUUUGUUGGAACUGUAAAGUUUGAAAUUGCUAUAAUCGUGUUGGGAACUCAAAACACUCCAGUUUAAUUGAAUUGGUGUUUCAGUUAAACUCCUCAGUGUAGUAUUUGAGCUCAUUUGAAGAUCAAUUCAUAUAUAUUCCAUUUGUGUGUCCUAAAAACACUCCAGUCCACACUCAUUUUGUUGUUCUUUUUCUUCAUAAAAAAAUCUGAUAAAUUUCCAAAUCCCUGUAUUUAUUGUUUAACAAUGUUUCCCUGUGUAUUGCAAUAUGUAACAAGAAAUUUGCUGUCUCCAGGUUUUGGAUGUUUUCAGAUAUGGAUGUCAAAACUGAUCCACUUUUGAUUCCCCAGCAAACACACACCUCCAGUUUUCAUCAUGAAUUAAUCAAAGGGAGAUCAUUGUUGCAGCUUUACAUGGGUAACAACAGAUUGGGAUUUUGGGGUGCCAGUGUCAUUUUGCUCAGUAUCAAUAUUUUCAAUUUUUCAAAUAUGCACGUCGUAGAAGACAGUUUGGGUUUUGCUUUGCCACUAUGUCUGUUUUUGCAUGCCAAGAUCUGCUAAUAAAUCCCAGUCACAUCUAAGGCAGUUCCCAUACUUAAGUGUACACAAGGCAGGCGUUUCUUAUAACAGAGCUGCUUGGCCAGAUAGAAUCAAACCUGGACUAAAGUCAGAGUACAAGGCGCAUUAGAGCAUCAUGUACCAUGUAGAAAUGCAAUCGUUGUUCAAGCACUUGUAGAAAAACGUUAAAUGAAUACAUUUAAUAAUGGUCAGUGUUCACAACCAGGGUAUCAAAAUGGGUACUGUACUCCUAGUUCCAUCGAAGCAAGUGCACCAUAUAUGGGAUGAUUACGCUACUUAAGACAAAAAAUUAACUUGUACUCUUGGUUUGAAAUAUGCAGCAAUGCUGAAAGAUAUGGUGUUUUUUUUUUAUAUUAUUUCUCUCUUUUUUCUUUAUUUGGGAUUAUUGUUUUGUUCAAAUAGCUCCUGUACACCGAUGUGGACCAAUCAUAUAAUUCAACCGUAUGUGAUCUUUUAUUGUGCAAUAAAAGAUGACUUUCAACUUUCAAGUCAACA